AUGGCUGCGGAGAGUUCAACCGCGGCGGCGUCCGGUAAAUCUGGCGGCGGGGGAGCAUCGGCGGACACGUACAUAGGCAGCGUGAUAAGCUUGACCUCGAAGAGUGAAAUCAGGUAUGAAGGAAUACUCUACAACAUCAACACCGAAGAGUCUAGCAUCGGCCUACGCAACGUGAGGUCAUUUGGUACAGAAGGUCGGAAAAAGGAUGGACCGCAGGUCCUUCCUAGCGACAAAAUUUAUGAAUACAUACUAUUCCGAGGGAGUGACAUCAAGGAUUUACAAGUCAAAGCUUCUCCACCUGUUCAGACCACUCCUCCACCCAUUAACAAUGACCCUGCAAUUAUUCAGUCUCACUAUCCUCGUCCACCAGCUCAGACCACAAGCAUGCCUGCGGCAGCCCCCAACGCUUCUUUGCCUGACCCUGUUUCCCAUUCUUUGCAAACGGGACUUCCUGGCUCGACUUUCCCAAACAGUCUGCAUUUAUAUCAACCUGGUGGGAACUUGAACUCAUGGGGACCUUCUCCAUCAAACCCAAAUGGCAGUGGCCUGGCCAUGCCGAUGUACUGGCCGGGAUUUUACGGCACGCCUAAUGGGUUGUCUCAACUGCCUCAGCAGCAGUCCUUGCUUCGGCCGCCACCUGGCCUGUCUAUUCCUCCUUCCGUGCAACAGAUGCAAUUUUCGGGCUUCAAUUUUUCUCCACCAAUGGCCUCAUCUAGUUUGCCUACUUCGACUUUGCAAGAUUAUCAGUCAUCCUUGCUUCCAAACAGCACUAGUUCCUCUAGAUUGACCCCUGAUACUUCUUUGACUUCCCCAUCCUUGUCUUCGAACGUGCCCCCUCUACAGCCUAUGCCACUUGUAUCCGAAAAACUGAUUAAUCCACCUCAAAACAAAGCUUCUCCAGUGUCUGACUCUUUUACAUUGACAUCAACACCUAGCUCUAGUCUGCCGUUUUCAGCUCAACUUCCGAAUUUGGUUCCUGAUAAAGCUGGACUACAUUCGGUUGCCAGUAAGCCCAUCCCGAUACCCGGUCCAGCAGAUGUGGCCCAGCAAGAUAUAUCUCAGCCCGUGCCACCAUCGUUUUCUCGGACAUCUGCUUCUGUUGUUGCAGAAAAGAAGACACCUUCACUUGUAACUCCUGGCCAGCUUCUGCAAUCUGUACCAGCUGCUGUUUCUUCACAUACAAUGCAGAAGGACGUUGAAGUGGUGCAAGUGUCAUCAAAACUGCCGCCAGAGGCUUUGGUGCCGGCAGCACUGGAAGCUCAGCCUCCAAUAUUGCCUUUGCCAGCAAACGCUCGAGCUCAAAAGCUUAAUGGAGGUGGUUAUCACAUGCGUAACAAUUACAGAGGGCGUGGAGGAAGAGGAUUUGGGAUGUCACGCCCUGUAGCGAGAUUCACUGAAGAUUUUGACUUCACUGCAAUGAACGAAAAAUUCAAUAAAGACGAAGUGUGGGGUCAUUUAGGAAAACAUAAUAGUAAAUCCAAAGACAAAGAAGAUGAUGAAAGUGAUGAAGAAGAUGAUUUGCCGGUUGAAGAUGAUGCUGAAUUGCCAAAGAUUGAGGUCAAGCCUGUUUAUAACAAGGAUGACUUUUUCGAUUCCCUGUCCUGCAAUUCACUGGAAAAGGACCCGAAUCAUGGAAGGAGUAGGUAUUCUGAGCAAAUGAAGUUGGAUACCGAGACAUUUGGAGAAUUUUCAACAUAUCGGGGUCGGGGGGGACGUGGGCCCAGUCGUGGUGGAGGUCGGUUUCGUGGGUCGUACCAAGGAAGAGGUUAUGGCGGAUAUGGUGGCUAUGUGGCGAGGGGCCGUGGUGGUAGAGCUCGGAACUCGUUGAUCACGAAGGAUGACGACGAUCUUUUCGUGAGAAAAAUCUUGAAAUAUUUUCGAGAGAACAGCAAAUAUUCUGAAGACGAGGGCUUGUACUCCACAAGACUUCCGAAAGGAGCCCUCGUUCCUCCUUCGGCCCCAUCGUACAAGUCGAAUUCUUUACCUCAAGAUUGA